CGGGCGAUGGCGAUGGCGAGUCGUUUGUUCGUGUCUCUGCGGCUGGAAACGUCAGUGUUACUGGGAAAGCACCGAGUCACACACACAGCAAAGUGAUCGUGUUUCAGUGCACUGACAGUGGAAAGAGACUUAACCAGUUACACAGCCUGAAUAAAAAUUCCACUGUUCACAGAGGGGGAAACUGCACCUCUGUCCUGUCUGUGGACGAGGCUUCAACAACCUGAAACAAGAAAAGACACUCUUAUCAUGGAGAAACCGUGGAAAUGCGGAGACUGUGAGAAGACGUUCCCAUGCCCGUCGAAGCUGGAAAUUCAUCGACGUACUCACACCGGAGAGAGACCCUUCACCUGCUCCGUGUGUGGGAAGGGAUUCACUCAGUCCUCCAACCUGGAAUUACACCAGCGCGCUCACACAGGGGAGAGGCCCUUCAUCUGCUCGGUGUGCGGGAAGGGCUUCAUUUAUUCGUCCAACCUGUUGACGCACCAACGAGUUCACACUGAGGAGAAGCCCUUCAGCUGCGUCUCCUGUGAGAUGAGCUUCCGGUUCCCGUCCAGCCUGCUGAUCCACCAGCGGAUUCACACCGAGGAGAAGCCCUUCCGCUGCGCCGACUGCGGGAAGAGGUUCCGGCACUCCGACAGCCUCGUCGUGCACCAGCGCAUCCACACCGGCGAGAGGCCGUUCACCUGCUCCGAGUGCGGCAAGGGCUUUAUUGAUUCGUGCCACCUGCUCCGGCACCAGCAGGUUCACACCGGGGAGAGGCCGUUCACCUGCUCCGAGUGCGGGAAGGGAUUCACCCAGUCUUCCACCCUGCUCAGGCACCAGCGGAUUCACACCGGGGAGAGGCCGUUCACCUGCACUGAAUGUGGGAAGGGGUUCACCAGCUCAUUCCACCUGCUGAGACACCGGCGGGUUCAUACCGGGGAGAGGCCGUUCACUUGCUCCCAGUGUGGCAAGGGAUUCACUACUUCAUCGCACCUACUGAGACACCAGCGAGUUCACACGGGGGAGAGACCGUUCUGCUGUUCCCAGUGCGGGAAGGGAUUCACGACUUCAUCCCACCUAUUGAGACACCGGCAAAUACACACCGUGGAGAGACCGAUCAAAAGCCCAGACAGCGGGAAGUGCAUUCAAAGCUCUGAGGAACUGGAGUCCCAUCUGUUGUACAAGGAAAUCUGCCAGCCAAGGGAAACAUCCUACACCUACCCAAUUGAGCUCUUUAAGGUUAUUGGAGAGGAUUCACAGAUGGGAAACCCAGACUUGACCUCACAUCAGGCCGAGAGCCACCCAAUUCAGCAGGACCUGAUCUUCAUCGGUGAGGUGGAAGGGAAACGCAGCCUCCCCGGUGCGGAGAAGCCGUUCACGUGCUCCGGGUGCGGCCGGGGAUUCAGCCGGUCCUGUGACCUGGGGAGGCACAAGUGCAACCGGGCCAGGGCGCGGCCGUGCAAGUGCUGGGACUGCGGCAAGGGGUUCAGCUACCCCUCCGAGCUGGAGGCGCACCGCCGCAGCCACACCGGGGAGCGGCCAUUCACCUGCCCCGCCUGCGGCAAGGGCUUCACCCGGUCGUGCAACCUGCUGACCCACCAGCAAGUGCACAGCGGGAGCCGGCCGUUCACCUGCUCGGUGUGCGGCAAUGGGUUCGUCCGGAUCUCCCACCUGCUGCAGCACCAGCGCAUCCACACCGGCGAGCGGCCGUACACCUGCUCCGAGUGCGGCAAGGGCUUCACCCAGUCCUCCGACCUGCUGAAACACCAGCGGGUCCACACCGGCGAGCGGCCGUUCACCUGCUCCGAGUGCGGCGAGCGGUUCACCCAGAUCUCCCACCUGCUGAGGCACCAGCGGGCUCACACCGGCGAGCGGCCGUUCGAGUGCCCCAUCUGCGAGAAGCGGUUCACCCAGGCGUCCAGCCUGCUGAGGCACCAGCGAGCCCACGCCGGGGAGAAGCCCUUCAUCUGCUCACUGUGCGAGAAGGGCUUCGCCGAGUCCUCGAUGCUGCUGAGGCACCAGCGGGUGCACACGGGCAAGUGGUCGUUCACCUGCUCCGUGUGUGGACGGGUUCACACCUCGCUGCAGUGCUCCGAUUCUGCAGUUAUUGCCUCUGUCCGUCAGAUUCACGACUGACCCCCUGCUCGCCUUGACUCUGCGGCGCUUUCUGGUCUGGGACACGACAGAAUUUACAUUCAGUUUACUGGACGUCUUCUGUGCGCCUCCAUGAUCAGCGAUGUGACAAUGACCGACUGGGUCCUGUCUCUCAAAGGUGAAAUGUUAGCAGCAAGAAGCUGGGAGAGCUCUCCUGUUGGCCUUAAAUCUCAGGCAGAUCUUCCACAUGGCUUCGGGGGGCAGGAAUGGAAUCUUGGAUGGUAGCAUCCUUAGUAACCCUUUGUGGGACUCCUGCAAAGCACCUUGAGGUUUUUUUUUGUAAUGCAUGACAGUAACUUGAUGAAUAUAACGUAGGUAUAGAUAGACUGGAGCUGCAGUAUACAGAUGCUGCUUGGAUGCAUUUUCACUAAGAAACUCAGCCUGUUCCCCUGAGAGACAAUGGGCCUUCCAUCUAUCGUCUGGAAAAAAACAAAAGAGAGUUAGAGUUAGGUUUUCAGGUCUUUUUCCAGCCCAUUCCCACAGCAAAAUCCCACCUUCCCAGUCGAUUAACAGCUGGACCAUAUCUCGUAUCUUGGGAGCCACCUCUCAACAAAGGUAACCAUACAGAUGAUGGAAAUUCGUCACCGACCCCAAACUGUGGCCAACCAGUUGGGCAUUUGUAGGCCAGGAUCUCCGAGCUGAGACUAAGGUCAUGGUUUACUGGGCAGCAGUGCUGCUAUGUACUGUGUAACUCGGACCGCCAACAGCCGUCACGUCAAGGCACCCAGAGAAACAGGGGGGCUUUUUGCAUGAGAGUGAUAGGAAUAUGCUGUUGGAUAGAGAGGGGAGUGAUCAGGACUGGAGGGUGAGAGUGAUGAAGUAACAAUUGUGACAUGGAAUUAAAGGCAGAGGCAAACAACUUUGGUCCAAAGUGUUAAUGUCAGAGAGUGAAGGUCAUAAGCCUGUCCGGUCCAUCUCUUUUUGAGUUUCAGUGAACCUUUGAAGUCGGCUUGUAUACUGGUUAGUUCAUUUUACUGCUGGUGUUCAUCAUGACCGAGAAAAGAACUGGGAAACCUUUUCCAUUCACCUCUUUCAGGUAGAAUGCCCUUCUUGUAUUGAAUUGUAUCAGUUUUAUUGUCACAAACUCACGUGAGUGCAGUGCAAAGUUGAAGUCGCCUCUUCCAGUGCCAUCUUCCAUUCCAAGAUUAGUUACGGUGUAAUAGUGUCACCAACACACAGCACCACCUUCGGUACAGAGGACCUAGGUACAAUCCUUAGUUACAGAAUAGAGAAAUCAUUGCAGCACCAUCAUAGGUCAGAGGAAACAAGAAGUUACAAAGACACUGUCUCUCUUCAAGAGCCCUGCACAGGGGACCUCCAUGUGGUCCAACUGCUGGCUGUUAUUUAUGCUGCCUGUCCUUUAGAGGUUGGGAGUGAAAGGCCAGGGCUGAGUCUUCGAGGCUGAGGGAAGGGCGAGGAGGGCAGACAAGGGGGAUAAAUGAAGGAAAUGAACAAGCAGAGUGGGGGAGCGCUGGAUGGAGCGUCCUACUUUACUGCCAUUACUGAAGCAUAACAUUCUUACUUCUACAUGCAAUUUCCGUUGUCACAAAAGAUAGCAUUCCAUUAGCCUUCCCAAUUCCAUGCUGUACCUGCACAUUAACUUUUUGUGACUCAUUCUAGAAUACCUAAAUCCCUCCGCACCUUAGACUUCCACAGUUAUCCUCUGUACUCUGCUUUUUCAACUUCACGUUACAUUUAAAUCUGCCAGAAUAAAUCUCCUGACAGGGGCAGGCAAUGGCCGAGUGGUGUUAUCACUAGACUGUUAAUCCAGAGGCCCCUGGUAAUGUUCUGGGGCCCUGGGUUCAAAUACCUCCACGGCAGAUGGUGCAAGUUGAAUUCAAUAAAAAUUUGGAAUUAAGUGUCCGAUGACCGUCACAAAACCAUUGUUGGGAAUACCUAUUUUGUUCACUCAUGUCCUUUCGGGAAGGAAACUGCCAUCCUUACCUGGUCUGGCCGACAUGUGGCUUCAAACCCACCGCAAUGCGGUUGACUCUUAACUGCCCUCUGGGCACUUAGGGAUGAGCAAUAAACACGUGCCAAGCUAGUGACACUCAGAUCCCAUGAAUGAAUUUUUAAAAAAUUAAUUUUGGGGGCGUGGACUGGUUGCACAGAAGAGUCUGUUUCCAUGCUUAUGACCAUAUACAUUCCUCUGACAGUGCUAGCAGGGCUGUGGGAAUUAAUUGGAUAGACUUCCAAAGAGCGAGUCCAGGCGUGACGGCCUGAAGGUUUUCUGAUCUGUCCUGUAUGGAUCUGUACGACAACGGAUAUUCAUUACAGAAUGUACGAGAGAAGGAACGGCUAAUGUGCAAUUGAACACAAUCAGAGUCAGCACUUACAGGGGUGGAGAGAGGGAGAGAGACACACCAAUGGGAAAUCUUUAAAUGCUCAGCAUAUUUCCAUGGAAGACUAGUGGUUGCAUUCACUUUUAAGACCUGAAUCAUUGUGGAUCCUAACUUCAUUAGGAUCCAAGUGUACUUUUAAAAUUCAUAGUAUCACUAGUGUGGAAGCAAGGCACGCAGCCCACCCAGUCCACAUCACCCCUCCAAAGAACAUCCAACCCAAACCCACCCCCCCCUCCUAUCCUAACCCUGUAACCCUGCAUUUCCCAUGAGUAAUCCCCCUGGCCUGGCCUGCAUAUCCCUGGCCACUACGGGGCAAUUUAGCAUAGCCAAUCCACCUAACCUGCACAUCUUUAGACUGUGGGAGGAAACCGUAGGGAACCCGUGCGGAUAGGGGGAGAGCGUGCUAACUCCACACAAACAGUCGCCUGAGAUGGGAAUCAAACCUGGGUUCCUGGCACUGAGAGGCAGCCGUGCUAACCUGUGUGCUUCCCCAUUCAUUUAUCUCAAUUGAGUAUCAAGGAAAGAGGGGAGGACUUACAGGUGGGGUGGGGCGGAUGGGUGAUGUAGUUUGUUUUUCACUGAGGCCAUGGUGGGAAUCUGAAAGAGUGGGAGAGGCAGGAACCCUCAUAACAUUUAAGAGGGACUUAGAACCCAAAGGCUGUGGGACAAAUGUUGGAAGAAUGGGCUGAGAAUAAUUAGGUGCUGGUUUUUGACUCAGUGGGCUGAAUGGCCUUUUUUGGUGUUGUGGAUCUCUCUGACUCUGUUUGAUGCCCCAGUGGUGCAACUAUUACCCAGCAUUCCCCUUGGAGCAUGAAGACCCUCAAACACAAAUUGCAGGAGAAACUCAGCAGGCCUAGCAGCACCUGUGCAGCAAAAGGCAACAGACAUGCUUCGAUAACAAUGACCCUUCUUCACAACUGAUGGUAGCUCGGAAAAGGUGGGAUACAUGCCACAGAUGGGGAGGGGUGUUGUGGAGAAGUGAGGAAGUGGGCAGAAAGGGAGUACGGAUUGAGUGAGACAGAGACAGAUCGACAGGCAACAGGAUGGAUGAUAGGAUGCUGAGGAGACAGAAAAGCCAAUGACAGGGGAAACCAUAAGAAAGUAAAAACAGGCUGGGAGAAGUCCAUGCCUUUGAUUGGGCCUGGGAUGUAGAUAAAAGGUGAAAGGAGGUGUUUGUGAUGUAAAGUUAGUGAACUCAGUCUUGAGUUCUGAAGGCUGCAGGGACCCCCAAGUUGGAAAGGUGAGGAUCUGUGAAAUUUUACAGGACAGGAGGCCAUCAGCUCAUCGUGUCUGCACUGGCUCACGAAAGAGCUACCCAGUUCCUCCCACUCUCCAGCCCUGUCUCUGUAACCCUCUUGAAUUUGGCAUUUUCAAAUGUAUAUCCAGCUCUUUUGAAACACUUCAAUGGAACUCACCAACACCCCGCUCUCCCAAGCAACGCACCGAAAAUCCUAACAACACUCUCAGGAAAGAGGUUUCUCCUCAUCUCACUUUUGCUGACGAAAGGGAAAUCGUGAACCUUCUACCCCCACUAGUUACUGACAUACCAACUAGAGUCAUCCAGCAUGGAAACACAGCAUUGAGAGAAAUCAGUUCGCGCUGGCUAUACUCCCAAACUUAACUAGCCCACCUGCCUGAGUUUGGCCCGUAUUUGUAUUCUUCACUGUGUUCACUCACACUAUGAUCUUUGUAUGUUAUGAUCUGCCUGUACUGCACACAAAACAAAACUUCUCACUGUACUUAGGUAUAGUGACAAUGACAGGUCAACCCAAAUCAAUAUUCCUCCAAAUAUUUCUGAUUCAUGUACUUACCCAAAUGUCUUGCAAACAUUAUAACUCUGAUUGUAGAAUCCCUACAGUGUGGAAACAGGCAUCCACCGCUUCCUCUAGAAAUCCACUCCACACACUAACCACCCACUGUGCAAAUCAGAAUGCCCCAUGUCUUUACCAAAAUCUUGCUCCUUUCACCUUAAAAAAUAUGCUCUCUAGGCUUGAAAUCCCCCACCCAAGGGAAAAGACACCUGCCGUUCACCUUGCCUAUACCGCUCCUGAUUUUAUUAACAGAAUAUAGAAAUUGUAUUCUAUUUAUAAAAUCUGGAGUGACAUGGUGGCUCAGUGGUUAGCACUGCUGCCUCACAGCACCAGGGACCCCAGGUUCAAUGCCUGCGGCACAGGGCAACUGUCUGUGUGGAGUUUGCAUGUUCUCCCUGUGUCUGUGUGGGUUUGCUCUGGUUUCCUCCCACAGUCACAAAAAUAUGCAGAUUAGGUGAAUUGGCCAUGCUAUAAUGUUAGGGGGUAAAUGUAGGGGAAUGUGAAUGGGUGGGUUGCUCUUUGGAGGGUCGGUGUGGACUUGUUGAAGAGCCUAUUUAAUUAUAGAAAUGAUACAUCCUUCAAAAGCCUGUCAAAAUUCUGAACACAGCAGUUCCGGUGGGUCAUCUUUUCAUCUCUGCUGCAAUUUCUGUUUCUCUAAUCCUGCCCUGUAUCUGAAAUUCCCCGUUCCCACUAUCACUGCGAGUCAAUCUCCUGUGCAGAUCUGCGAGAUGCUGAUUUUGUGUGUGUGUGUGUGUGUUUUUCCCCCGAAAGAGUCAGGGGACCUGAAAAGUUGACCUGUGUCUUCUCUGCCAGACUUGGGCGCUGCAUCUGCAGCCAAUUCCUGCUUCUGUUGCUCAUUCUUGUUCCCAAGGUUCGCUCCACAGGCGGGAGUGGAGCCCAGCACGAGCCGAACAUGCUCAGUGCCGCCUUUUUUCAGAACCAAGCAAGAAGAGGAGCCGCUUCUGCAUCCCAGUGAGUGAGAAAGUGAGAGACGGAGGGAGAGAGAGAGAAGGAAGGAAAGGGGCAGAGACGUA